AGUCCCGGUGUCUCCCCGCUCCGCCCCUGCCGGCAGGGGAGGCGGCGGCCGCUCCGCACGGCGCAUGCGGGAGGGCCGGGGCUGCUCGGUGCUCGGCGCGCCCGGCGAUGGGGUCGGGCUGGAGCAGCGCGGAGGAGCGGCGGCCCCUCCUGCCGCCGCCGCAGCCGCCGCAGCCGCGAGGCCCCGCGGGCCGCGUGUACGGGCGGCGGUGGCUGGUGCUGCUGCUGUUCUCGCUGCUGGGCUUCGCGCAGGGCCUGCUGUGGAACACCUGGGGCCCCAUCCAGAACUCGGCCCGCCUGGCCUUCGGCUUCGGCGGCUGGGACAUCGCCCUGCUCGUCUUCUGGGGGCCCAUCGGCUUCGCGCCCUGCUUCUUCUUCAUGUGGCUCAUGGACAAGAAGGGUCUGAGGGUAACUGUGUUACUAACAUCAUCCCUCAUGGUAUUGGGAGCUGGCCUGAGAUGCGUUCCAGUUUCAGACCUAGAAAUUAGGAAGAAGCUGAUUCAUGGAGGGCAGCUCUUAAAUGGCUUGGCAGGGCCAACUGUGAUGAAUGCAGCACCAUUUCUUUCCACGACGUGGUUUUCUCCGGAUGAACGUGCCACAGCAACAGCCAUCGCGUCGCUGCUGAAUUACCUGGGCGCUGCUGGUGCAUUUCUGGUGGGACCUCUUGUAGUGCCAUCUCCUAAUGGAACAUCUCGCCACUCGCUCGCAUCUCAGAGCAACACUGAACACAUCAAGGACCGCAUUGAGGCUGUCCUCUAUGCAGAAUUUGGAAUGGUUUCCCUGAUAUUUUCCGCAGCAUUGGCCUACUUCCCCUCCCGCCCUCCCUUCCCUCCCAGCGUGGCUGCAGCGAGUCAACGGCUCAGCUACAGGAGAAGUUUUUGCAGACUCUUAAGCAAUUUCCGGUUCUUGAUGAUUGCUUUAGCCUAUGCUAUACCACUGGGUGUUUUCUCUGGCUGGUCUGGUGUUCUGGAUUUGAUAUUAACGCCAGUUCACGUAAGCCAAGUAGAUGCAGGCUGGAUUGGAUUUUGGUCUAUAGUUGGAGGUUGUGUUGUUGGCAUAGCGAUGGCAAGAUUUGCAGAUUUUAUCAGGGGCAUGCUGAAGUUUAUACUGCUGCUGCUUUUAUCAGGAGCAACGUUAGCAUCAACCUGGUUCACUCUCACCUGUCUAACUAGUGUCACUCAUCUGCCUUUAACCACAGCUACACUGUACACAUCCUGCAUUUUGUUGGGUAUAUUCCUCAACAGCAGCGUACCAAUAUUCUUCGAGCUCUUUGUGGAGACAGUCUACCCUGUUCCAGAAGGAAUUACCUGCGGGGUUGUCACUUUUUUGAGUAAUGUGUUUAUGGGUGCGCUUUUGUUUUUCCUCACAUUUUACCAUACAGAGUUCUCCUGGUUCAACUGGUGCCUGCCAGGAUCGUGUCUGCUCAGCUUGCUCCUCAUUCUGUGCUUCCGCGAGUCCUAUGACAGACUCUAUCUUGACGUUGUCGUCUCUGUGUGAUAACGCCGGACUGGUGAGGGGCUGGAAGAGGCUGGAAGUCAGCUUUGCAGUCUGCACAUCUGCCUGGAUUUGCAUGGCUGAACAGUGGAAUAGCAAAGAAAUUUCAAGACUUAAUUAUGGCUUUAUUAGAGAAGGUGAGGGACAGGCUGUUCUUACAGUCAAGACCACCUUGAUUUGCGAUAAACGUAGAACUUGAGCGGUGAUGCCAAAAUGCACAAAGAGAAUAUAUGUGGUCCUGGUGUCAGAGCUGGGGCUCUCUAUUUAAAAGGCUGUUGAUGUAGCAGUGAGAUGUACAGUUGUGUGUGUGUGUGUAUGUGUGUGUGCAUGUGCUGACUCAAGGCUGUACACACCAGGGUACCAGUAUCCUUUGGAGUCGUCUAUCAGAAUAUCUAAUUGAACCGGUAAAUCAUCUUAAUAAAAGGAAAAAAAAAAAGAGGGAAAAAAUCCUUUUUUUUAAGAUCUCAUACUGAAAUCACUAGUCAUUUCCAUAAUGAAUGUCCAUUGAAAUAGUUAAGCUAAAACAAUUUGGUGCUUGUACACUACAUUUUCAUUCUAAUAAGGUGAUUUCUGAUAUAAGACACCGGUACCAGGGUUUUUAUCCAUAUUAAAUAUCCCAAACAGUCCUUGCAGUGUUGUUAGAGGUGUUUGUUAUCACCCUGGAGCACAUAUAAAUGAUAGCUGUAGCUGCCACUGAAAUCCAACUUGCACCUGCAGUCAUCUCUGAAAUACCACCAUUGUUCUGUAUGCCCUGAAAACAGAGCAUUUGUGGUAUUUCAGGAGUUUCCUGGAGAGUCAUUCUUGGUAGAUGUUGCUGUUUUAAAGGCCACCACUGUGUCACCUUUUCAUCCCCUGUCUCCAGUACUGCCUUUUUUACUGUGAAGACCUGCUUGUGCCACUGAAUCUUGUGGGUGUGGAUGUCCAAGUCCUACUGGUUCUCUCUGGUACUCUAAGGUGUGUGUGGGUUUUAGGAUUAGUUUAUGACUGAGGGUGCUUAGACUAUGUCGUUUGUUAACCCAAGUCUUUAAAAUCACUGUUUCCUAAAAAAAAAUCUUUCUAGUUAAUGAGUUGCCUCAAUGGCGAAAUGACAAUGAGUUUGACAAUGAGAAAUAACUCAUGAGUUUUGGCAUAAUAUGGGAAAUAUAAUGCCAGCUCUUUUUAUCAAUACUAAUCUUUGGUCAUUCUGGCCCUUACUUGAACAUAAAUAUUAAAGACACUUUGAAUAGUUUUUUAACUCAAUUUUAAACCUGUUAAUUUCUUAAUUAUAUUCUUAGAUUUCGGUUCAGCAUCAUUUACAGUAUUCCCAUGUGUGUGCUCUGUGCUUCGUGUUAGGGGUGUGUGUUUGUGUGUGCAUGCGUAUUUAUAUCUAUGUAUACACUAAUAAAACUUAUAUAUAUAUAUAUCUUUUAUAUAUAAGUUAUCUAAGGAUAUGUGUCUACAUAGAUUUAUUUUAAGGAAUCAUGUCUCUGGAUGGUGGUAUGCCACUGUUUGUAACUAAACCAGUCACUGCCGUGGAUGGAAAUGCAUACGUACACUGUCUGUGACAUGAAUAUUCUUCAGGGGUGAAAGAUUUCCUACCGUAGCAAUUUUAUCACGGGGGGUGCGUGCAUGUUGGAGGAGGCUGGUGUGCAGGGCUCUGCAUCUGUAGAAGUCUGGAUCAAAGGUCCGUGGGGGCCUUUCUCUGCCACCCUGGGGUGACACCGAUGCUGUAAACUCACUGGAAUAAACCCUGAACUGAGUGCUGCCUUUCAGACAUGGAUCCAUUCAUUCUGUCUGCCGUCCUUUUGCAGAGAGAAUGUGCCACUAAUACCUUCAACUCAGGAGUGUAACUGUGCAGUGUAAUAAAACAAGCUGUUCCCCGCUUUUAUGUUUUCAGAGCAAUGGAUGUAUUUACUGUAAUAAUAGAAAAUUGACUUAGCUCGUUGUCUAUAUCAGCUACUAAAUGAUCUUUUCUGUCUUGAAGGAGGUUUUUUGUAGAAAUGGAGCUAACCUACGCUGGGAUAACUAAAUCAAUCUAACCAGCACAUUCAGAACUCCUGGCAUCAUCCUCUUUACCAUUUUUCAGAUGAAUGGUAUUAACUGUCCAGCUUCUUUCCACUAUGUUUUAGAGCCUGAAAUAAUUUCAGUAUCCAGUAGCUACUGCUACCUAUUGUCUUCUGAAACCGGGGUUCACUUGCCAAGAGUCUGAUUGGAGUUGCAUGGCAGAAUUGCAAGCUCAGAUGGCUCUUCGGAGCUCUGCUUCUGCAAUUUACUGUAGCUAUAUUAAGAUUAAAAUUGCACAGUUUGGGUACUGUCCCGAGUGACAGAGAUUUCUAAUCCUUUCACUGUCCUGACUAUUUUAAGAUGGAGAAGCACUUCAGGCAGUAUUCAGACUAUAACCUAUUCUGCCUCUGUUCCAGGAAGCAUUGAGCAAUUCAGAACAUUUGUCAGUGCUGCCAGGUGGAGACUCUCCAAACUGUCAGGGGGGAAGAAGGAACAUCAUCUUUUAACUAUACCCCUCCCAAUUGUUCUUCUGAAUUGGUGUGAAUUGCUCGCUGCUCUCCUAAACUUUACUUCUUUGGUAGAAGUUUCUGUGUCUGUCUCGAGUGCUGUAGUGCGUGGUCUUAAUUACAGCCUCCAAUGCCUUUGUACCAAAAUAGACAUUGUCCAGAGCUGAGCAGUACCGCAGGGCUCUGCUGGAGAACCAGAAUUCAACCAGAAUUCCCAGCAAGCCUGAUGGAAAUCUGCCUGGGUGAAAACCAAUGGAUUGGCCCCCAUUAUUUGAGAUUGUGCAGGACGCUGCUGCAUUCCACACACACAAUGUUCUGGCUGUAGGAUUUUAUUAGAUUAGCAAGCCUGGCGUGGGAUCGAGGUGGGUGUUGCAAAUGUGCUUGCUCAGAUCUCUGAAAACCUUUUUUUUAUACUCAUCGGUGCCCAAUAGCAGCAUCCUUCUCUGGAGGAGCAGUCCGUUUCAUGCCAGUAACCCAGCUGAACCCAUGGGAAUAUUUUUUGUAUAUGGGUUAUCACUAGGCCCACCUUUGGAUUUACUGAGGGUCUGAGCUGUCAAUAACUGCACUUUAUUGGAAGUUAGAGUUUGAGACCACAGGGAUACAAUCAGCAGUAGUGCAGAACAGGCUCAAAAUAGUUAAUAGGCCUGUUAUUAAUUAGUUAAAGUUCUAAGUCUCUAUAACUUCUCAGUCAGCAACAACAGUAUUUUUUAUCCAAGUGAGGCAUUACCUUGCAGUGCUGCAGAGCAGCUGGUGUUGGCUGCUGCUUGGCCUGUGACUUGCCAGUGGAGGAAGGUGCUUUGGGAAGUCACAAUAUUUUAUUCUCUUCAUGACCCUGAAGAACACUUUUUCUUCCCUAGCAGUGCAGAGCCCCCUAAAGUAUAAAUUAUUUUGCAGUGUUUUAUAUUGAAAAUGCUGGGAAGGAUGCUCUAUAGUGUCCACUCUCCCUUUAAUCGUUCAUUUUAAGUAUGGGCUGCUCCUCGGGUUUCUGCUUGGCUCGGUAACAGCUGUCGAUUCAGCUUCCAGUGCUGCUUCUUGUGAGCUGCGGAGCUGUGCUAGCUGUCACAGUGCUACUGAGGAAGCUCAGGGUUAGUGGAUGUCAGCUGCACUUAACGGCACUGUUCACUGUCUCUCUUCAUUGCAUUAAUUUCCUUUUGAGUCCUUCUUCCCAUGUACCACCUGAUCCCCUGAGCCAGAGUCUGUGCAGGAGGUGUAGAGAAGAGCUUCCAUGCUCCCGAGUUAGUUUUAGAGGGAUGGGUUGGACAACUACGUACUUACUAUGCAUAAAAAUAGGCAUUUUUAGAAAAUCAUUGAAGCUGGAAGACAGUGCAGACCCGAAGGAUUUUGCAUAAAUGUGAGCAGAUAGUCUGGUAUGAGCAGCCUGUAAUUUGCCUGAAACCUAGAAUUUUAGCUCCCACACCUGGAAAGGCCAAGUGAUGGGCACCGUGCCUGUUGGGUAUUGAGGUUCAGAGCAUCACGGAGUUAUUCCCAGUCUUCUGACAGAGCUGGGAUGUCGUGGAAUGGGCUGGAAAACCCCAGGCUGCAUAAUGCCUUAGUUUGCAUCAGUAACACUGGGGAGCAUCAGGCUGAUGGGUUAAAGGGAGAGGGGUUUCCAGAGUGCAUUUUGGCACAAAAAUAUUGUGUUGAGUUCUUCAAAUCCAUAUAAAAUUUGAUGUUUUGUGGUGACAGGGAGUUAAUGCCUGGCUUAUUCUACAGUAAACUUAGGAAGUGGCUGCCUUAUGCUGUAAUAUAAUCAAGCUGAAUUGAUUGAUAUGCAUACAUUGGCUGGUACUAGAAAGGGAAGCACUAUUUAGUUGUGAGGAUUGACUGAAAUAUGAAUGGGAAUUACACAGUUUGCACAGUGGAUAUAACUGUCGUAUGAUGCCAUGGCAGCAGAAAUUUAAUUUUUCAUCUUCAUUUCUUGUAUUGGGUCACUUGCAAAAGUUAGUAAGUGUCUCUGACAAAGGCGCUUUUGUGUUUCAUUUGGUUUUGGGGGUUUCCUUUUGGACUAAGUCUGGAUCAUUGUAAUAAUUUGGCAAGACAGCUGCUACGCUGGUGUAAAAGCACGCAUUAGUAUUUGAUAUCAAUGUGGUGUUGGAUGUUGGUGCUGUUAAAGAGCCAGGCUUGGGAAGCAGGGUUGUGGUGUGUGCAAGGAGGCAGCGGUGCUCCCAGAUGCACAGUCACGCAAGGCUACGUGCCAACCCUGCCAAAACAAACAACCUCAUCAUCUUCCAUGGGUCUGGAAUGUGGAUCUCAAUGUUGGAGCUGCAAGGAGGAGGGAAGCACGUAUAGGAAUAGCUGAUGAGGGGAAAAGCUUCCUUCUGAAGGAGAGACAGCCUCUAGACUUACUCCCUUGUGUGUGAACAAGCGUAGGUAUCAACGCAGGCUUCACUCAUUCCCCUGCAGGUGUUUCUGCUGCCGGGAGGAUUGUAGGUGGCCCAGGACCAUCUGCCUUGCUCCCUCCACAUUCAUUCCUAGAUGGCAGAGGGGAAUGGCCGUGGAGCAGGUGGCAGCCCCAGUAAAGUUGGAAGAUAGUGUUAAUCUGCUUAUAAUUUUUGAAGUUUGUAUUUCCAGACAGAUGAAACUAAUAAAUAGAGGAAGAAAUUUAACUCCUUCCAAAGUUUAGACAAGCAAAAAUUUGCACAGAUGUGCUGGGUCCUGCCUUUUACUUGGGAUCACAACGUGUUCGGAGCAAUUCAUGCCCACCUGAAGACAGACCUGCUCCUGCAGCACCAGCACACCUCCUGCCACUGGUGAACCCCGAGUUGUGUGUGGGUGGCUUUGUUCCCAGGUUGGAGGCAGUGAUCUGGGCAGAGGGGGAGAAAGGAAACGCUGCAGCCAGGAUGCCCAGAAGGUGCCUGGGUUAUUUGUACAGGAGGGAUGCCUUCUGCAACCAUGUUUUAGCAGAGCAUCAUUUUUACUUCCUCAAGACUGAGGCUCUGGCCGUUGGUUUAUGUUUGUGCCAUGGCUUGUGCCGCAGGAACAGCUAUGGCAGUGGCACAUGCCGUAGUGUCAUGAGUUUUCCAAGGUGUGGCAGACAAGACUGGUGGGACUUGCUUUCUGCAGUAACAGCUUUUCCUUCCACUGUCUCUCCCCACUAGAUUUCCCCAUGUGAUUUCUCUGCUUGUUAUAUCUGGACAGACUCGUUGCGCUCACUUUGUAUUGCUACAAGAAGAAAAUGCAAUGAGCAAAACCCUUCUUUUCUUUAUGAGGAGCUUUUCCCUUUAGGCUCAGGCCACUUCACUGGCUGCUGCUCCUCCCCGGGGGACAACCGUGUGUGUUCAAGAUAUAUUUAUUUUCUCUGCCUAUGAUAUUUACUAGAUUGAAAUAUCUUUUUCCCUUACCAAGUUUAAUGUCUUCCACUGUGCAUUUUAGGAACAAGCACUUGAUAAGGUUGGAAAACCAGCUUUCAGUUAUGUGACACACGCUACAGUCGGGGGUUUUUGAACUGCAUGAACAUAGGGAGAAGGAUGAGGGUUUGACAGGUUGGAGAGUAUCUUUGUAAACUAUCCUCGACCUGUAAGACUGUUCAAUUUUACUGGAGUUUGUAUGCAUUUUACUUUUGUAACUUUUUAAAUGAUUUGAUAAAAUUUUAUCUUAGGGCAAAUUCUACUUUUUGUAUGCGAUAUUCUGAUGUGAUGUAUUUUUAUUUUUAAGAAAAUGGUGUUGAAACCACUAUAUAUUUGUCAACGUAACACAUCCACUGUGUCAUUUCUUCUUAAAACUGGAAUUUGACCGUGAAGUGCGUGUUACUUUACGUACUGGUUGUUGCACAUUAAACAGGUUACUCAGA